AAGACUGUUUCCUAUUGCACAAGGCAUGGUACAUCUGAUUAAUUCAUUAUUUUGAUUUUUAAAAGCCGUUUAUUUAAUAUGUAUUUUACAUUGGAUGAUAUUUUCACACAGUCAUGCAUUGUCCUUAAGUAUAGAUGACAAGGGAAGGCACGUCGCAACCCAGAUAUCUGAUUGAGGGGCCCUCGAGAAUUCAGACAAUACCGUGUUACCAAGUCCACAUCUGUCAUGUAAGAAUUUCAAGGAUGAAGUGAAGUAAAGAUAUAAAGACAUUUUAACAGAGAAAUGGCAAAGAGCAAGUUUGAAUAUGUGAAGCAGUUUGAAUCAGAGGAUAAAUGUCUGCCAAACUGCUGGAUCGUCAUCAGGGUGGACGGAAAAUCCUUCCACAGAUUUGCAGAUGUCCACCACUUUGUGAAGCCCAAUGAUGACCGAGGUUUGAACUUGAUGACCAGGGCUGCCCAGUGUGUUAUGGACGAGUACAAAGACGUGGUAUUCUGUUAUGGACAAAGUGAUGAGUACAGUUUUGUCUUCAAGAAAAACACCAAUGUCUUCAACAGGAGAGGAAGUAAAAUAAUGAGUAAUGUGGUCAGUCUGUUCACUUCGUCCUAUGUAUUCUACUGGCCCCGAUACUUCAACACCCAGUCCAUGCAGUAUCCUCCAGCCUUUGAUGGCCGUGUUGUCUUGUAUCCUAGUGAUAAAAAUCUCAGAGACUAUCUGUCAUGGAGACAAGCAGACUGUCACAUCAACAAUUUAUACAACACUUGUUUCUGGAAGUUGGUCCAGGAAAGGGGCCUGACCCCUGCCCAAUCUCAGGAAAGGUUAAAGGGGACCUUGUCAAGUGAUAAAAAUGAGAUAUUAUUCAAUGAAUUCAACCUGAACUACAAUAACUUGCCAGAAAUGUAUAGGAAGGGGACAGUGAUUAUUCAUCAAAAGGAAAAAGAGCUGGACUCAAAUUCUUUGUCCCCUGUGGAGAGAAGUCCUCGGAAUUCUGUGUCGUUUAGUUCCCAAGGCGAUUAUAUUCCUCGGACACGGGUCCAAAUACUCCAUUGUGACAUCAUUAGUGAAAAAUUCUGGACCGAACAUCCUCAAAUUCUAGAUGGAAUCAAAAAAUAGUUAAUGCACUUGACGGUAAAAGGGAGAGAAUUCUGCAGCUUUAAAAUGUUUGAAAUGCAUGUCAGAUGUAAAAGUGGUCAGAGAGGUGAAAGUGAAAAAUUAGUGUUAACCUUAAGGCAGCCACUUUGACUGUGAGUGAUGCAUUAUGUUCAUGUGGGAGAGCCAUUUUUUGUCUCAUUUUGUACAAAGUUUAUAUUAAACUUCCUUGUAUUUAUUUUAAUGUGACGUUAUACUCAAUUACGCAAUAUUGUUGACAAAGUUUCUUCUGUACCUUCUGUAUCUUAAUAUAUGAAAUAUAAAUUUAUGUGAAUCAUCA